UCCCAAACCUGAGGAUAAUAGUCUUCAUGUCUCUGCGGAAGCCGCCACUCCCUAGAAUUCUUCUCCAUGAUGUCUCUUGCAUGAGAAAUGCCCAACAAAUCUUGCGACAUGUGAAUGUCUCUGUUCAUGAUGGUGGAGCACUUGUGUUGACAGGCAGCAAUGGCUCCGGUAAAACCACUUUCCUGCGUAUGCUAGCAGGAUUUUCUAGACCUUCAGCUGGUCAGAUUCUUUGGAAUGGCCAUGACAUUACUCAAUCUGGCGUAUUCCACCAGUACAAGCUUCAAUUAAAUUGGCUUUCCCUCAAGGAUGCCAUAAAAGAAAAGUUUACAGUCCUUGACAAUGUUCAGUGGUUUGAGAUUCUUGAAAGUAAGCAUGGUAAUUCCAUUCCUGCUCUGGAGCUCAUGGGCCUUGGAAGACUGGCAAAAGAGAAGGCAAGAAUGCUUUCAAUGGGUCAGCGAAAGAGGCUUCAGCUUGCAAGAUUGCUUGCAAUUGAUCGGCCAAUAUGGCUGCUAGAUGAGCCUUCUGUUGCAUUAGAUGAUGAAGGGGUGAGGUUGCUAGAAUACAUUAUCGCAGAGCAUAGAAAGAAGGGUGGGAUUGUAAUUGUUGCAACACAUCUCCCAAUUGAGAUUGAAGAUGCCAUGAUUCUGAGGUUGCCACCAAGGUUCCCUAGAAGGAUGACUUUGGUAGACAUGCUUGAUCGUUCUGACAUUUCAUAAAACAGACCAAGUGACAUUCCUAUCGCCGAUAAGUUUGACCAUCACUCAUCUCAUUGUCACUCAUACUUGGCCUUUCUUCACAUCUUUGAGAAACGUUUACUAAAUCCUUUACUACAGCUACACAGGUGUAUCCUUAACGUACAUGCUUGACGCUGGCUGCAUAUCUUGAUGCUCCUUCCAAACGUGGAAGGAAUGAUCCUGUUAGGAGACCAUCUAUUCAGGACCUGUCUUCUGGAUAAGUCUUGCAAGAAAUAUAGGUCUACCCUGAGACAUGUUUUAUUUUAUUUUAUUUUUUUCAUUUUCUCAUUUCUGUUGUUUAAACAAGGUGUUUGUGGUGCUUUGAGCUCUCUAAUUUGGUCUUUUGCUCGAACUAUGGGUCUUCAUUGUUGAUGGCAUUCAAUUUACAGGACAACCACCAUCUAUUGGGGUGAUUGUUCAGCUUGUUCCUCCUUGUAAAUUAGCGCUUUCAAGAUUAUGUUUUUCAUCAUAAAUUUCAAAAUGUUCUCUGUUUGUUCUCUUCAAAAUGAGUUGAAUGAUCCUAACAAACAAGGUCCAAUGCUUUCCAGUUAGAUUAAAAGAACUGCCUUUCUUUGGGUUGGUUUCUUUCUUCAAGUAAAACCGCCUGUUGCAACCAUGACCUAGGUGGUUUCAUUUUCCCUUUGCUUCCACCAAAACCAAACCUGAAAGGCUGAGGGGUCAUUUGGCAAAACAACAGAAACCAUAAUUGGUACCCUUUUUUGUUUUAAAAAAAAAACAAAAAUUUCCAAAAUGGUUAGAAGCAAGAAUGUCUUGUUUUCAUUAUUUCCGAAAAUAUGUUUUCGUUCUUGAUACUAUUUAUAAGUAGGUGAAUAGUAUCUUUAUACUAAUAUAAUAUCAUUAUAUUUUUUGAUUUAAAAAUUAUAAU